CCCAACAGUGGGGAAACUGAGAGACAGCCUGCUGUGCUCUGCUACUCCAGAUCUCCCUUGGGAUUCCCUCCUCCAGCGUGGCAGUCCCCGGAGGUCCCCAGCUUCUGGGUGGAUGCAUGGGUGCUGGGAUUGGAUUUCCGGCAUGAUGAAUAUUCAUUAGCCUGAGCCGGCCUCUGCUUCUGUUUACUUAGCUGGGAGGGGCUGGGUUUCAGGUUCACCGUGACUCCAGGAGCUGCAGCGGAGCAGGUACUAGCUCUUGCACCUGUUUCUCUUGCACCUGAUGUGCAGCUGCUCCUACCCACCUCUCCUGGCCGAGCCUUGCCUGGUACAGCACCCCGGAGGCACCCCUUCCUGCCUGAGUCUCACCCUCCCAGGCAGCUCCUACACUCAACUGCUUCUCUAGGAAAGGUGUCACCUCCAGCCUGGAGCAGUCGGGAUUACAGCAGAAAGCCCCACCCACGGCUUAGGGAGCACCAUGACAACUGAAAUUGGUUGGUGGAAGCUGACUUUCCUCCGGAAAAAGAAAUCCACUCCCAAGGUGCUGUAUGAGAUCCCUGACACCUAUGCCCAAACAGAGGGAGGCACAGAACCCCCGAGGCCCGAUGCUGGAGGCCCCAACAGCGACUUUAACACCCGCCUGGAGAAGAUUGUAGACAAGAGCACCAAGGGCAAGCACGUCAAGGUCUCCAACUCAGGCCGCUUCAAGGAGAAGAAGAAAGUGAGAGCCACGCUGGCGGAGAACCCUGGCCUCUUUGAUGACUGCGAGGAAGGGCGGUCAUCGAAGUGAAGGACUGAGGAGGGUGCUAGCACCUCCUGGUUCCCUGUCACCAGCCGGAUCUGAGACAGGAGCUUGCCACGCUGUCCUCUUUGGCCAUAGCUGAAGCCAUGGUGGCAUUUGAUGUCUGCUGGCAGGAAAUGGCUGGUUUUUAGAUUUGUAUUUAUGUGCCUCCACUUUUAUAAGGCCUGGGAGAUCCCAGGGUCCUCCCACCCUCACCCUGACCACAUAAAAAGGCACUCUAGUUCAUCCUGGGUGAAAACUCUCACCCAGGAUGGACAGCCCUCCUUGAAGCAACGGCAGGGCGGGCAGGGAGGUGGGCAUAGUAGGGAAUGGAGAGAGCGAGCCAGACAGACUUCACCUCCUUACUGGACACAGGGUCAAAGGCGAGUUUGAAUUGCUGCUUGCUUUACUUUCUCUACCCGUGACUGUUCCCUGGACCAAUCCUGAGGAGGUCAUAUUUUCCAGAAGCCACGUGAUGGGCUCUGGUUUCUGUGGAGCCAGAGGCGGAGACGCUGAACUUGAGCUCACCUCCUAACAUAGGCAGUAAACUUCCUGGAACUUUGUCCUCAGGUGUGGAGGGGGCAGAGGACACUGGCACUCUGUGGGGGGUGCUGUAGAAGACCAGAUUGAUGGUAGUUUGACUUACUGGUUCCUCUUUUGGCCAUGACUUGUGCAGGUGAAGUCACACACCCUCAAAGGGAAGGUACACUGGCCAAACUGGGGGAGUGGGUGGGGAGUUUUCUCCUCUCCCUCCCCUACAGUAAUAGUAUUUAACACGUAUCAGCUCUAGAGAUGGGUCCUGGAGUCUUAAAUUUUGUUUAACAAAAUAAUUUUAGGUUUCUCUCUUUGUAAUAACAAUGCUGGAAAAGCAGAGAAUCUCUUUUAUGCUCACGUCUUGCACUUAUUGAGAUGACUGUUUUUCAUGCCUUUAUCUUCCUUCAUGUAAGUAAAGUGGACCUUUGUGCUCAAA